AUGACAGAACAGAAUUUAAUUUAUAAAGACGAUGAUAUUUCAUCUCAUAGUAAAGAAGUUUAUAACAUCACUGAAAAAAAUGUUAACAAGACUGACGAAAAAAUAAUAAUAUUUUCAAAUAGUUCAUCAUCAGACAUAGAUGAUGAUAAUGAUACUAAAGAUUUUGAUGCUGAAGAAAAUAAACUCGAGAUCACGGAUAUGGGAAUAUGGGAAGGGGAUAUUUCUACCAUGAAUAAUUCACCUUACCCAGAUGUUAGGGCUGCUGUUCCAACCAAUGAUGAUCCUACUAUUAUAUUAAAUCAUUGGAGAACUUGGUUCUUGACUACAAUUUUUGUAGUAGUCUUUGCUGGUGUCAAUCAAUUCUUCUCUCUAAGGUAUCCAUCGCUAACGAUAAAUUUUUUAGUGGCUCAAGUUGUUUGCUUCCCCGUUGGUAAAUUAUUCGCUUUAUUACCAGAUGUCAAAUGUAAACGUUUACCAUUCUUUGAUUUAAACCCUGGACCAUUUACUAAAAAAGAACAUGCUGUAGUAACAAUUGCAGUAGCUUUAACUUCAUCUACAGCCUACGCCAUGUACAUCUUGAAUGCACAGGUUAGUUUCUACAAGAUGGAUGUAAACGCCGGUUAUCAAUUACUUUUAGUAUGGACCUCUCAGAUCUUAGGUUAUGGUGCUGCAGGGUUAACUAGACGUUGGACUGUAUAUCCAGCAAGUUGUAUAUGGCCACAAACAUUGAUAUCAGUUUCAUUAUUCGAUUCCUUACAUAAAAAAAAAGAAGCAAAAUCAAUAGUCAAUGGAUGGAGUAUCUCUAGAUAUAGUUUCUUUUUAUGGGUAUUAAUUGGUAGUUUCAUAUGGUAUUGGGUACCAGGUUUUUUAUUUGAAGGUCUUUCAUACUUUAAUGUUGUUCUGUGGGGAUCAAAAACUAGGAACAAUUUUGUAGUAAAUACUUUAUUUGGUGCUGAAAGUGGACUUGGUAUUUUACCAAUAUCAUUUGAUUAUACACAAAUUUCACAAGCUAUGUCAGGUUCUGUAUUCGCUACACCAUUUUUUGUAUCUGCGAACACAUAUGCUUCGGUACUAAUUUUUUUUGUUAUAGUUCUACCUUGUCUCUAUUUCACAAACACUUGGUACGCUAAGUUCAUGCCCGUAAUAUCCGGUUCGACCUAUGAUAAUACACAGAGCAAAUAUGAUGUUACUAAGAUUUUAAAUCCAGAUUUUAGUAUCAAUUUUGAAAAAUAUAAGAGUUAUUCCCCAGUUUAUAUCCCUUUCUCUUAUUUAUUAUCUUACGCAUUAAAUUUCGCUGCUGUGACAGCAGUAUUCAUCCAUUGUGGUCUUUAUCAUGGGAAAGACAUCUAUAUGAAGUUGAAGGACAAACAUUUUGGUGGUACUGAUAUUCAUAUGAGAACUUAUCUAAAUAAUUAUAGAGAUUGUCCUGAUUGGUGGUAUGGAUUACUGCAAGUUAUUACGAUUGCUUUGGGGUUUGUCACUGUUUGUGCAUUUGAUACACACUUCCCAGCAUGGGCUUUUGUCGUGGCUCUUAUUAUUGCUUUCGUAAAUAUUGUUCCUCAAGGUAUCUUAGAGGCUAUGACAAAUCAACAUGUUGGUUUAAACAUCAUUACUGAAUUAGUAUGCGGUUAUAUGCUGCCAUUGAGACCUAUGGCUAACCUUUUAUUCAAACUGUAUGGUUUUAUUGUGAUGAGGCAAGGGUUAAAUUUAUCAAGAGAUCUGAAACUCGCUGUCUAUAUGAAAAUAGCUCCAAGGUUUAUUUUUGCUAUUCAAAUAUAUGCCACCAUUAUUUCUGGUUUGGUAAGUGUUGGUAUUCAAGAAUGGAUGAGAAAGAAUAUUGAAGGAUUCUGUACCACAGGUCAAGCGGAUGGUUUUACUUGUUCCAAUGGGCGUACUGUAUUUAAUGCUUCCAUUAUUUGGUCUAUGCCUAAGUAUCUUUUCAGUCCUGGUAGAAUUUACAAUCCUCUUUUAUGGUUUUUCCUUAUUGGAGUUGUAUUAACCUUAGUCGUUUAUUUUAUACAAAAAAAAUUCCCAAAAAACGAAGUCUUGAAGAAUAUUCAUACACCAAUCUUCUUUACCGGACCAGGUAAUAUUCCCCCUAGUACUCCCUACAACUAUUCUCUAUUUUUUGCAAUGUCUUCAGUUUUAUUCACAAUUAAAAGGUAUUGGCCAAAAUGGUUUGGUAGAUAUAACUUCGUGAUGGGUGCCGCUGUAGAAGCCGGUGUAGCGAUAGCUGUUGUUAUUAUAUUCUUAUGCGUUCAGUAUCCAGGUGGGAAACUUGAUUGGUGGGGGAAUAGUGUGUAUAAAAAUACUUAUGACUACAAAUAUAAAAAGUUUUAUACAUUGAAAGAAGGUGAAAAGUUUGGUUAUCAAAACUGGUGGUGA